GCUGCCCGUGGAGGUGCGGGGCUCCAACGGGGCCUUCUACAAGGGUUUUGUGAAAGAUGUGCACGAAGACUCGGUCACGAUAUCCUUUGAGAACAACUGGCAGCCAGAGCGGCAGAUCCCCUUCGGCGACGUACGGCUCCCCCCGCCCGCGGACUACAAUAAAGAGAUUACCGAAGGGGAUGAAGUGGAGGUUUAUUCCCGAGCCAAUGAGCACGAGCCGUGCGGCUGGUGGCUGGCGAGGGUCCGGAUGAUGAAAGGAGAUUUUUACGUCAUCGAAUACGCAGCUUGCGAUGCCACCUACAACGAAAUCGUCACGCUGGAGCGGCUCCGGCCCGUCAACCCCAACAAAGUGGCCACCAAAUCCAGCUUCUUCAAAUACACCAUCGCCGUGCCGGAGGACCUCAAGGAAGCGUGCUCCAACGAAAACGUGCAUAAAGAAUUCAAGAAGGCGGUGGGGGCCAACUGCAUCUUCCUGAGUGUGGCCAGCAGCGAGCUCUUCAUCCUGUCGACGAACGAAUCCACGGUAAAGCGGGCGUCGCUGCUGGGGGACAUGCACCUGCGCAGCAUCCGCACCAAGCUCAUGCUGAUGUCGCGGAACGAGGAAGCCAACAAACACUUGGAGACGAGUAAGCAGCUGGCCUCGGCGUUCCAGGAGGAGUUCACGGUCCGCGAAGACCUGAUGGGGCUGGCCAUCGGCACCCACGGCGCCAACAUCCAGCAGGCCCGGAAGGUGCCAGGCGUCACCGCCAUCGAGCUGGACGAGGAGACCUGCACCUUCCGCAUCUACGGGGAGACUCCGGAAGCAUGCAAGCAGGCCCGGAGCUACCUGGAGUUCUCUGAAGACUCCGUUCAAGUCCCGAGAAACCUGGUCGGCAAAGUGAUCGGCAAGAACGGCAAAGUGAUCCAGGAGAUCGUGGACAAGUCGGGAGUGGUGCGGGUGCGGGUGGAAGGGGACAAUGACAAGAAAAACCCCCGAGAGGAGGGAAUGGUCCCGUUCAUCUUCGUCGGCACGCGGGAGAACAUUAGCAACGCGCAGGCGCUCCUGGAAUAUCACCUCGCUUACCUCCAGGAGGUGGAGCAGCUGCGGCUGGAGCGGCUGCAGAUCGACGAGCAGCUGCGGCAGAUCGGCGGGGGCAGCUACGGCGGGCGAGGCCGCGGGCGCCGGGGGCCCAACUCCGGCUACGGUACCAACUCAGACCUGUCCAACGCUUCAGAGACCGAGUCGGAGAAGAGGGACGACGGCGAGCGAGACCCGCGCCCCGAGGACAGCCGGAGGCGCCCGGGGUUGGGGCGAGGGCGGGGUCCCACCCCGGCCCCCCGAGGGGGCGGAGGCAGCAAGUACAACAGCUCCUCCAUCAGUUCAGUGCUCAAGGACCCGGACAGCAACCCCUACAGCCUGCUGGACAACACGGAGACCGACCAGACGGCCGACACCGACGGCAGCGAGUCGCAGCCCGUCAGCAACCGCCGCCGCCGCUCCCGCCGCCGCCGCACCGACGACGACGCCACCAUGAUGGACGGCGCUGCCGAGUCCGACAACAUGUCCGUCAACGAGAACGGCGUGGAGGACGAAUCGAAGCCUCAGAGACGCAACCGGAGCCGUCGCCGCCGUAACCGUGGCAACCGCAUGGACGGCUCCAUCAGCCGGGACCGGCAGCCAGUGACCGUGGCCGAUUACAUCUCCCGGGCCGAGUCCCAGAGCCGCCAGCGGCCCCCGCAGAAGGAGCCCCGGGAAAAAUCCACCGAAGACGACACACCGAGACAAAAGGCAGAGCCAGCUGGCAAGGUGACCAACGGCCCGUCGGAGAACGGCGAGGAGCCGGCCGCCAUGGUGAACGGGCUGUCGUAAGCGCUGCGCCGGGAGAGCCGCGCCCACUGCUUCCUGCCUAACCGACCCUACUCCGCCCUGCUUGCGUCAUCGUUAAACACGCCCACCGACUUCUCGUUAACGAACCAUUUAUUCAACGAUCGAUAAUUCUUGUAGUGCUUGUCGGAAGCUUGCCAAAGAUAGCCAAGCUCUUACGGCUCGUUAGGCGCCGACCAAUCAAGAGACAGGCAACCGGAUUCUUGCUGGGGCAAGGGGCGUGGCUCCCGCCCCCCCGGAAAGGGGCCUCGACAGUAAAAAAACAAAUUAAUUAUCUCCUAAUUGUGUGUCCGUUUUUGACGACUCCGUUCGAGCCAGGAACCGCAAUCCGGCCGCGGGUUGAAACCGGAGCGAGGAUUUUUUUGUGCCUUCUGAACGCGCGUCGCUUCCCUUCCUUUUUUUCGGUCAUUUUCCCUUCCGCCUAGUUCGCUCGCGCAACGAUUUCGGUAAAGAUGGAGCGGGGGGGUGGCCGCCGCGCCGUUUAUUCCCCCCCUUAAAAAAAACAAAUCGGAAGGUACCACGGGGUGGGGAGCGCGGGGGGAAUUUUUGUUUCUAGGCAAUACAAACACAGCAGGUAUUUUUCUUUUUUGGUACACUGUGGCAGACCGAGGCGGGGGGCAGAGAGGGUAGAGCUGCAUGGCCCCCCCACCAGUGUCGCUUUGCCAGGAAGGGGGGGGCAAAAUCGAGCUGUGACGGUUGAGACGUUAUUUAUUUUUCACUGUACAGUAUUUAAAAGAGAAUAAAGAACCAAACUCCUA